AUGAACUCAAAGUCUGAGGAGAACAUCUCUGCCGUGACCACAGACCACACAGUGUUCUCCUCCACCCUAACCCAGGAGGGUGGUGUGACUACAGACCACACAGUGUUCUCCUCCACCCUAAUCCAGGAGGGUGGUGUGACUACAGACCACACAGUGUUCUCCUCCACCCUAACCCAGGAGGGUGGUGUGACUACAGACCACACAGUGUUCUCCUCCACCCUAACCCAGGAGGGUGGUGUGACUACAGACCACACAGUGUUCUCCUCCACCCUAACCCAGGAGGGUGGUGUGACUACAGACCACACAGUGUUCUCCUCCACCCUAACCCAGGAGGGUGGUGUGACUACAGACCACACAGUGUUCUCCUCCACCCUAACCCAGGAGGGUGGUGUGACUACAGACCACACAGUGUUCUCCUCCACCCUAACCCAGGAGGGUGGUGUGACUACAGACCACACAGUGUUCUCCUCCACCCUAACCCAGGAGGGUGGUGUGACUACAGACCACACAGUGUUCUCCUCCACCCUAACCCAGGAGGGUGGUGUGACUACAGACCACACAGUGUUCUCCUCCACCCUAACCCAGGAGGGUGGUGUGACUACAGACCACACAGUGUUCUCCUCCACCCUAACCCAGGAGGGUGGUGUGACUACAGACCACACAGUGUUCUCCUCCACCCUAACCCAGGAGGGUGGUGUGACUACAGACCACACAGUGUUCUCCUCCACCCUAACCCAGGAGGGUGGUGUGACUACAGACCACACAGUGUUCUCCUCCACCCUAACCCAGGAGGGUGGUGUGACUACAGACCACACAGUGUUCUCCUCCACCCUAACCCAGGAGGGUGGCGUGACCACAGACAUCAUGGCGUUCUCCUCCACCCUAACCCAGGAGGGUGGUGUGGCUGGGAGUUUGGAUCUGCAGUCCUGUUCGGCACAGCUUUGUCAUCGACAUGGUCAGUGUGUUGUUCAGGGCCCGGUCAGGACCUGUGAGUGUCUCAUGGGCUACAGGGGAGAGUUCUGUCAGGACACAGUCAAUGAUGCCAUCAGUAUUCCACUCACACUGGAUGUGCUGGCCUUCAUCACUGGCUUCAUCAUCCUCUCCUUCCUCCUUGCAGUCAUCAGGCGGAGGGUCAAGAGGAGGUCACUCAAGAAUCAGAAUAAAAAAAAUGAAGUAUAAACAGGGUGAGCCCAUGGGAAAACCCUUUAAACAGGGUGAGCCCAUGGGAAAACCUUUUAUAAACAGGGUGAGCCCAUGGGAAAACCUUUUAUAAACAGGGUGAGCCCAUGGGAAAACCUUUUAUAAACAGGGUGAGCCCAUGGCAAAACCCUUUAUAAACAGGGUGAGCCCAUGGCAAAACCCUUUAAACAGGGUGAGCCCAUGGCAAAACCCUUUAAACAGGGUGAGCCCAUGGGAAAACCUUUUAUAAACAGGGUGAGCCCAUGGCAAAACCCUUUAUAAACAGGGUGAGCCCAUGGCAAAACCCUUUAUAAACAGGGUGAGCCCAUGGCAAAACCCUUUAUAAACAGGGUGAGCCCAUGGCAAAACCCUUUAUAAACAGGGUGAGCCCAUGGCAAAACCCUUUAUAAACAGGGUGAGCCCAUGGGAAAACCUUUUAUAAACAGGGUGAGCCCAUGGGAAAACCUUUUAUAAACAGGGUGAGCCCAUGGCAAAACCCUUUAUAAACAGGGUGAGCCCAUGGCAAAACCCUUUAAACAGGGUGAGCCCAUGGGAAAACCUUUUAUAAACAGGGUGAGCCCAUGGGAAAACCUUUUAUAAACAGGGUGAGCCCAUGGCAAAACCCUUUAUAAACAGGGUGAGCCCAUGGCAAAACCCUUUAUAAACAGGGUGAGCCCAUGGCAAAACCCUUUAUAAACAGGGUGAGCCCAUGGCAAAACCCUUUAUAAACAGGGUGAGCCCAUGGCAAAACCCUUUAUAAACAGGGUGAGCCCAUGGCAAAACCCUUUAUAAACAGGGUGAGCCCAUGGCAAAACCCUUUAUAAACAGGGUGAGCCCAUGGCAAAACCCUUUAUAAACAGGGUGAGCCCAUGGGAAAACCCUUUAUAAACAGGGUGAGCCCAUGGGAAAACCCUUCUUGCAAUACUUCAUGUAUUUUGUGUUCUUGUAGGAAAACUGCAGCCACAGGGUGUAAUGGCCUGGAGACAAUGGCCUGAAAUUCAACACUACGGUUUGCUCCUUGGGGUAUAAGGCUGGGUGUUUUGUUAAAGCACUUUGUGACAACUGCUGAUGUAAAAAGGGCUUUAUAAAUACAUUUGAUUUGAUUUGAGAGAGACCCACUAUAGCGGGGAAAGUCACAGGGUGUAAUGGCCUGCAGAGAGAACCUCUAUAGCGGGGAAAGCCACAGUGUAUAAUGGCCUGGAGAGAGAACCUCUAUAGCGGGGAAAGCCACAGUGUAUAAUGGCCUGGAGAGAGAACAUCUAUAGCGGGGAAAGCCACAGUGUAUAAUGGCCUGAAUGUAUAAUGGCCUGGAGAGAGAACCUCUAUAGCGGGGAAAGCCACAGUGUAUAAUGGCCUAGAGAGAGAACCUCUAUAGCGGGGAAAGCCACAGUGUAUAAUGGCCUGGAGAGAGAACCUCUAUAGCGGGGAAAGCCACAGUGUAUAAUGGCCUGGAGAGAGAACAUCUAUAGCGGGGAAAGCCACAGUGUAUAAUGGCCUGGAGAGAGAACCUCUAUAGCGGGGAAAGCCACAGUGUAUAAUGGCCUGAGUGUAUAAUGGCCUGGAGAGAGAACCUCUAUAGCGGGGAAAGCCACAGUGUAUAAUGGCCUGAGUGUAUAAUGGCCUGGAGAGAGAACCUCUAUAGCGGGGAAAGCCACAGUGUAUAAUGGCCUGAGUGUAUAAUGGCCUGGAGAGAGAACCUCUAUAGCGGGGAAAGCCACAAGGUGUAGUGGCCUGGGGCCUCAUGUAUCUAUCUUGCAUAUGUUUCUGACCAUUUGCAUGCGCACAAAAUCGUUGGGAUUUAUAAAACAGGCCAACGCAACACAUACUCAUGCGUCCGUUCUUAAAUCAGACCCAUACUGUACUUCUGCAUACAUGAACGAGCUUAUGGUCUCCGCCCAAAGAACGCUUACCCAUAUAAGGUAUCCAAAUUAGCCUUAUUGACUGUGUAAUUCCAGUAGAUACGUGAAGCAAGGUGGAGACCGGUCAGAUUUAUUUUCUUUAUAUAUUUCCCAUAAUGUGAACUUCAAAUAAUAUUAUCUGAUAUAAAAUCUAAAAACAGUUCCUUUUCCAAAACGUAUCAAGUUGCCCGACAAGAAGUCAUAAAUAUUCCGCAUUGCAAGACGUGGCUGAUGUUAAUAAAAUAAAGUGGUCAGAGAACAAGUAUCUGCAGUGGGAUCCCAGAGUGGGGUUGAGGGGCUCUGCAGUUGGGCAGUGUUCCGUAUGGUAUCCAGUGAGAACUGUACCGGGUCGUGGCGGUACAGCCGAAGCUGUCAUGCAAAUGCAAGAUCUGUUAAAAGAAACAGUAGCCUAGAGAAGGUAUAUAACAUUUCAGACGUUAUAUUGAAGAUCAAUGACUCUUGGAAAGACCUUGUUCCAUUUUAGAGGAAUGCAUUUUUCAUUUGGUGCUGCAUUGCAAUAGCCUAUUAACUUUUAUUUUUAGUAGGCCUAUUGGCUGUUUUAUUCGAUCUGUGGUGAAUAAGCGAACCUAUUUUAUGUUCUAUUCAUUUUUAUUCAGUAAGAAUUUUAAAUAAGUAAUAAAAUGUUUUGUCAAUUUUGUCAAAUUAUAAAUUGUAAGCCAACAUGUGAUAACGCUGUAGCUCAUUCAGAAACACAAAUAACCUCUAGGUCGUAAAAGUGAGCAUCUUUAAUAUUUACGGCAUAUUGUAGUGUAAAAUACGCAAUGUUCAAAUGUGUUGCUUUAGGCACAGGCAAAUGGGGCUAUUGUUUGUCUUGUUUUCAAACUGUAUGGGUAUGCCCACUGAAAUGGCUACGUUUUACAACCUAUUGGUUCUAAUAGUUUUUGGAUCAGCUACAGGCUGUAGGGUUUUGACACUUGCUAUAUCCGUAGCCUAUAAGCCUACAUUCUUGUAGGAAACUGUUUGUUCAUUCCUCUCGGCUAUUCAUAUUUAUAUUGAUAAGAUUCUCCCCAUGUUUUUCAGUUGACAUUCCUCUACCAGUUUUUUCCAAAUAGCAUGGCGUACCCAUAGUUUUCGCACAUAUUUGUGCGUACACACCAGAGGCGUUGCUAGGAUCACAAUACAUUCAGGCCCCCCCCCCACCCCCCCCACUCCCAGGGAC